UUAUUUUUUUAUAAAAAUGUUAUUUUUUAUUAUUCAUAAUACAAAAAUCUACUUACAUUGCUACAUCAAACAUGUCUAGCAAACCAAACACAGGUAUUAACAAUGCUCAAACAUACAAAAAUAUCAAUAAAAUACAAAAAAGAAACAAUUUAAGUGCAAUUAUAUUCGCUCUGGAAAUAUCUUAUUAUAAUGAUUCAUGAAGAUGUUAUUCUUUUUGUUAUUCACUAGGGUUAGUGUUUUAAUAAGAUAAUUAAAUUCAAUCAGAAAAAUUGGUAAUUUUCGUAUAGAAUUUUUGAAUUUUUAUUUGUGUAUAAAGUUUUUGGCAACAAGAAUUUAAAAAAUAACAAUAAUUUCAGUGGUUUUGUUAUCAUUGCAAUAGUAACAUAUCUAUUUUAUGUUAAAAUUAUAGGCAGUGUUCAUCAUGGUAAAUAAGUACUUUGCAAGGUUUUCCCAAAAUUCGGACACAAAUUUACAUUCAAAGAACAAGUGAGACAGAUUCUCACCUUCUUUUUCACAGAAAACGCAGAUAUCAUCAAUAGCCACAAAUUUGGACAUCAUAGAAUUACAUGGAUAUAUCUUAUGCAAAAUGUUGAAGUGCACUUCUUUAACUUUGUUUGGUAUACAGUAUUUGUAAGGCCUUAACCAUGCAUUUGUCAGGAAUAAGCAUGUUCCAGAAAAACUUUCCUCUCGGUGUAAGUUGGUUUUGUGAAUGAAGAAUUUUUCUUAUAUAUUUAUCUUAUAUAUUUAUCACAACAAGAUAUCUCAAGUAAGCCCACGCCUUCCAAUCUGAGAUCUGGAUAAACUUUGUGAUCAUUCCCAAAAUUAAGAUGACUUUUCAUAAGUGUAGUUAGACCACUGGGAACGGCUUUGAUCACAGAAAUAAACUCUCUGAAAGGUAUUGGAAACUCUUUCAAUGUUAUAAAUUGUUCAUAUGUAAGAAUAUUACCCUUGUUGUCAAAAAUAUCAAGGACAAAGUCAAUAUUCCUCUCAUGCCUGCUGGGGUAGAACAAUGACUUAUUCCUUACAGUUAUGUCUGAAUUAUUCCACAAAAGAGCUUUAUGAGGGGAAAAAAUUGUGCAGGAAACAUAUUUUCCAGUCCAGUAAAGCUUGUUGGUGAAACCUAGCCAAUUUAGCAGGUAAUCUUUCAGGAAUAUAAUUACAUUUCAGUAAAAAUUGAAGACCUCCCAAUUUAUUAAACACAUUAUUUGGAAUGAAAUACCAUAUUGAAUCAGUAUUGAGCAAACAUUUUUUCAACCAGUUUAUCUUGAAAGUGUUAUUUAUGUCAACAAAGUCCAACACUUCUAGACCGCCUUCAGCUCUUUGGUUAGAAAGGACAUCUUUUUUUCGUUUGUGAGGCUUAUUUUUCCAGAUGAAGUCAAGAAAGGUCUUAUUGAUCUCUUUACAAGUAGCUAGAUUUACACAUAACGAUAAUGAGGGGUACACAAAACGAGACAGACCCUCUGCCUUGGACAGAAGUACUCUCCCAAGUAUAGAAAGAUCUCUUUGUAGCCAAUUAUUAAAUAUAUGUUUAGUUCUCUUAAUUUUAGGAGAGAAAUUCAAAUGUUGUCUGACUAAGUGGUUUUUUGACAGAUGUAUUCCUAAAUUUUUAACACAGUCCUUUACAGGAAUAUUUUCUAUUUCUUUAUCAUCAGAGUCAAAUAAACAUAACAUUUCACAUUUAGAAACAUUCCGUUUUAAUCCUGAUGCAAUAGAAAAUGCAGUUAUAGCUCAACCAACCACAUUAUGUUAACGUCCAAAAGCGGCCGUCGCGUCACAGGCUCUCUUCCCACUUCCCCUGAAAACCGGAACAUCCGGUUGUUGGGGUUUCGGCAAGCCUUUCCCAAACACUGCGUGGACCUGUCCGCUCUGGGGACUGAGGGAGGCGGGGCGUGGAAACGGUGUACGACCGGUAAACAUCUGGGACGGGAAUGUAAAAAACUACCAACGGUACGCGAACACGAAACCGCCUUAGACGGAGUGCCAUCGGGGCAUAAAGUAAAGACUGUCCAUCGAGAUUCCAAUGGAAGCGGAUGGUUUCCCGAGAAGGCAUCGGAUGACAGCGGAGACAGCAGGCGGGAACGCCGGGGUUGCUGGAGCCUCAGCCGGCGCAGAGGUCCGAUGGUUCAGUGGAAGGAUCUGGGGAGUGUCGGAGAGCCUCGUUGGGAAUUUGUCUCCCCGGAUCGGAGGCGAUGCAGAGAUCCAGACUGUUCAGUUUAGCGGUGGCCCUCCUGAAAUAGCAGAUGCUUCGGAACCGGAGUAUGAGGGUUUGCCGCAAGGCGCUUCCACCAGCACCCACAUGUUUGCAGGAGCAGUGGCUGGGAUCAUGGAGCAUUGCCUGAUGUUCCCCAUCGACUGUGUCAAGACGCGAAUGCAGAGCCUACAGCCUGAGCCUGCCGCACGCUACCGGAAUGUGAUGGACGCGCUUCGGCGAAUCAUAACCACAGAGGGUGUCUGGCGACCAAUGAGAGGGCUGAAUGCCACGGCCGUGGGGGCAGGACCGGCGCAUGCUCUCUACUUCGCCUGCUACGAGAAACUGAAGAAGAGUCUGGGUGACAUCAUCCAUCCCGGUGCUAACAGCCACCUGGCCAACGGUACGGCAGGGUGUGUAGCCACAUUGCUUCAUGACGCAGCCAUGAACCCAUCUGAAGUGGUGAAGCAGCGUUUGCAGAUGUAUAACUCCCCGUACCGCGGCGUGAUGGACUGUGUGCGUGCCGUGUGGCAGAGCGAGGGCCCUGGGGCCUUUUACCGCUCCUACACCACCCAGCUCACCAUGAACGUCCCCUUCCAGGCUCUCCACUUCAUGACCUACGAGUACCUCCAGGAGCUGCUCAACCCCCACAGACAGUACAACCCCUCCUCACACAUGGUGUCUGGAGCCCUGGCCGGGGCCAUCGCUGCUGCAGCCACCACCCCUCUGGAUGUCUGCAAGACCCUGCUCAACACCCAGGAGUCCCUGGUGGGGCUCCCCGCUGCAGGCCAGGGUGGAGGUCAGGGGACACACAGACACAUCACAGGCCUGGCCCAUGCCUUCCGGACAGUGUACAGGCUGGGUGGCCUGCCUGGGUUCUUUAAAGGAGUCCAGGCCAGGGUGAUCUAUCAGAUGCCCUCCACAGCCAUCAGCUGGUCUGUCUAUGAGUUCUUCAAGUACGGAAUCACCAAGCACCAGCAGGAGAAGAGGGUCGCGCUACAGCGGGAGGGGAAAUAAAUCAGGUCCUAUUUUCUUUCAGCCAUAUCUCUUCAUCUCUUCCUUUUUUUAUCUAUCAACCUCCUUUUCCUUUGGAGCAGGUGUUCAGAGCGAGGGAGAGGAAGAAUCGAUACGCACAUAAACCAACCAAUACCCACCUCUUAUUUACCCCGUUCAGACUGCCAAUAACACACUUCCAUCUGUGGCUCAACCAUCAACAUCUCUGCUAAACUGUUUGAAACUGAGGAUUUACAAUACACUAUGAAAGUGAAUAUGUGAUGUAUUGACAGUACGUGUUCAAUGUAUACCCAUAUAACGCACAUAAACGUCAACCUGAAAGAGAUGCUUCUGUUUUACUCCAGCGGAUUUAGUUGUGAAAUAUGUAAAGUGUCCAGCACCUUUCAUAGAGUUUUGUUGGGAUGAAUUUGACGACAGCUGUUCUGUCGGUGUUCUUAAAGACUAUGACCUCAUCAUACACAGACAGUUGGCCACUUCCUGCUUUCGGAAAUUAACAACAAGAUUGUCUAAUUGAGGCGCAGAUUGGAAAUAGCCAGUAGUUGCGGUCAUCUUGGCAGAUUUGGAUUCUGUUAUUGUUAUGUGUUAGCGGGAAGUCGCCCAGCUUUGUAUGAUGAUCUAUUACGGAGUCUACCUGUAGUGUUAAUUCUUGCGUUUUAAUGUAUCUGGAUGAGAAUGUUGUUCACUGUAAGCCCCACCAGGGGGCACUGUGACCAUCCCAAUAAAGCUCUUGAGUAAUAUCAUUUGGCCAGGUGUGAGUGACAGUGGGCCUUUUGGAGGCAUUUGUGUAAACCCAGACGAUUGUUUAUAGGCUUCAUGUACAAGAUCGCCUUAACCCCAGACCUAGUAUCAGUUUGUAAUUUCUUGAACUGGUAGAGACGUAAACCUCUUCUUGAGGUUUGAAAUCAGGAAUUUCUCUCAAAAUAUAGACUUAAAUAAAUAUAUAUAUAUAUCUUAAAUAUAUUGCUGACAGUAAGUUGUAAAGUGCAGUAAAUAUAUUCUGAGAGGAACUAUUGAGUUAAAGUGAUUCCUGAACCCCUACAGUACUAACGUUGGUUGGCUUUGGUGUAUAGAAAGAAUGGAGAGAAUCACCAUGGAUCUUUGGACAAUUCAUUGGAAGAUAAAUUCCAUCUUGCCUUGUUAUUUGCACUGAUGUAAGCAGAGUGGGGUGGGGGGGGUUUGCCCAGAUCUCACUUUGUACUUUUGCUUGGAGUAGAUCAAAUUCUUGGAUGGGUUAGCCCACACAGAUGACAGGUAGCUUAGCGCUUAAGAGCGUUUGGACCGUAACCGAAAGGUUGCUGAUUCAAAUCCACGAGCCGACCAGGUUUUAACAUAUACUGAUGAGCCUUUGAGCGACGCACUUAAUCCUGAUUGCUCCUGUAUGUCGCUCUGCAUUUGACUAAAAUAACUCCAACGUAAACACACUUCAGUUUACAGUCACACCCUUGUUUUACCUAGACUGACUAGAACACAUGAAGGUUUAGACAGGACCGGUUGGCUAAAACAGAGGCUGACUGGCACACACACACAAUAUGGAUUCCCAGCAUGAAGCAAAAUCCACACUACAGAAACAUGUUGACAUCAUGUGAAUGUUACGGUCUGGCCCUGACUCCAAAGGGUCAAGAAGGAAAGAGCUCAUGUUUCAGGGGAACUUCCAUUGAAAGGUUUCUGCACAAGUCAUCUGUUAAUAAGCCGUUCUAAAAACUUCAGGUAGAAGUAACCGUUGGACACAGAUCUAGGAUCAGCGUCCUCUCCCGAAAUACUAACUUAACCAUUGGAGAGAAUGCUAAACUGGCCUUAGAUCAGUGGCUAGGGGUGUGACAUCAUUAUACUGUUGUGUAUUAACUAUUACAUGAAUUGAUUGAUUAAGGGACUUAUCCAUGACACUCGGUGUGUAUGGCUGUGUUUAUACAGGCAGCCCAAUUCUGAUCUCUUAACAAUAAUUGGUAUUUUUACCAAUCGGAUCAGAGGUCAGAAUUGGGCUGCCUGUGUAAACGUAGCCUAUGUGGCCUCAGCUGUGUGUGUGGAUGAUGAAUGCAGCUGAUCAGUCUUCUUGACCUCUGUCUGACUGUCCCCUGUAAUCCUGUCUGAUCAAUAAACAGAGCAGUAGACUCCCUCAGGUUGCCCACA